AUGAUGGAGGGUGCCCCGCCUUCUCACCACACCGAUGUCAACGAUAACGGAGGAGUUUAUGUUCGCCUCUUUCGUCUUAUCCCCAGUGCAAAGAGAUUGCGAUACAAAGUCAACAUCAACCGCCUGUAUACUAUACGUCCGUCUCGCUUAAAAUCAGCUUUAAAAACUAUGGCGGGAAAAAAGGGGGGAGAAGGAAGCAAGAAGGCCAUUGGCCAGGCUCGAAAAGCCGAGACGGCCGCCAAAAAAGUCGCCGAGGAAGAUGCAAAGAAAGCAGCAGUAGAAGAUGUUGAGUGGGAUAAAGGUGCUAAAAGUAGCGCUAAGAAAGAAGCACAGGCUGCGAAGAAAGCAGAGCUGGCUAAAAGGAAGGCCGAAAGAGACGCCGCCCUUGUUGAGGAAGGGAACAGCUUGCCGAGUCGUUCUGGACCAAAGAAAUCCAAGACCGCUGUUAAGAAAACCAACCGGGUUGGGGGCCUCGACAGUGCACUUACAGAUCUCGACCUCAAUGCCAAUAACAAUAACAAGCUUCCGUCUCUUGGAGCCACGGGUAUCGAGAAUGCUCUAGAUGCUCUAGAUGUAGUGCUAGCAGAUUCAUCGGUCACGAAGGCCGACAGGCAUGCCGAGAGGAGAGUCAAGGCUGCGUAUACUGCGUUUAAGGAGAGGAGACUUGAAGAGAUGAAUGAAGACGGUAGCGGAAAGGGGUUACGUCUGAGCCAGAAACUGGCACAGAUCAAGACUGAGUUCAAGAAAAGCCCCGAGAAUCCUCUCAACAACCUACAUGUCAAACACAACGCCACCAAAGAGGAAAUUGAAGACCUCAAGCAACAGGAGAGAGGCCAAACCGAGGCCAGGCUUACAUCCGAGUAG